CACGCGCACAUCAAACCCAGCCCCGUCAAUCUCCCUCUUGCAGUCGCCCGGGCCUCAUGGGGAAAGCGUGUGCUUUCAUCGUGGCCGUUGUGGGCAGCUGUGCCAUGGGUAUCACGUCCUGCUUCGUGAUUUUCACACCUGGACAAUCAUGUCCCUCUGUCGCCGCUAGUUCCCCCGCUGUCGCUGUUCGCGCCACAACCUGCAAACGACAUCAUCACCACCUUCAGGCGAAAAAGAAAAAGUCCGACCGUGGCAGACCCUCGCUAGACGAUGUAGAGCGGCUGUCGAGGGGCCAGGCUGCCAAAAAACGGGGAACGGGGAGCCGAGGUGUCUGCCACCGUCUGAAUGAGUCAGAGCGAAAGGCGUACGAUCUGGCCAAGAAACAAGGCUACGUGGUUCUAAGGGGCACGGGCUAUCGGAGGGAGCGCAAGGGUAGCCCUCUUCAAAACAUUUUCAGGCAGUUUUGCGACGCGAAAGCCAUACCUUGCACAAGCGUUUUAACGGGCCAGGGGCCUGAUGCCGUGGACGAGGUGGAGAUUGAUUUCUCUCCCCUUAGAACCUCUCGGGAAGUGAUGGACUCUCUGUUCGAGCAAGCGGAUGCAGUUGCCGCCGAACUCGAGGCGCCAUGGGUAGAGUUGGAGUUAGAGUUGGCCGGAGGAGCGGAAGAAGCCGGCGAGACGACUGCCGACGCCGCCGCCUCUUUCGCGGGGGAAUCGGCACAACGCAAUCAAGAUGAUGCCGGAACGGAAAAGGCAAAAGAAGACGACGAGCUAGGAGAAGGUGUGGAGGAAGAGGAAGAGUGGACAGGAGAUCCGAACAACCGGCCGAUAUGGAAGUUCCCCGUGGUGUCCCGGGUGUAUCGGUGCAACUCCCGAAAGCAGGCGAAGGACGUGGCGGUGGCACUGUCGUCUGUACGGUAGACUGAGACUCUUACCCUCGGCCCAUGCAGUUUUUUAGCGAUGGUGUGUGUCUUCUUCCGUCUUAAUUGCAGUGGAGAGAUGCAUCACCUGUUGUUACGGGGUAGGGCUGGUGGGCUGGGGGGCGGGGGGAAGGAGUACCCCAACACUUCUGGCUUGGGGCGUGGAGCGGGUUGGGCAAUAUAUAGGGUUGUCUUGGAUUGACAUACUAUACAGUUCAUGGAUUCAUAAUAAUAACUGAAGUACAUCCUCUAGUCGCAGGGAGGGCCUGAUGCCAGCUGAUGCCUCCGGUACGCCGAUAUCUUCGAAGGCUGUUAAGGAAGAAGAAACAGGAAAUUCGUGGGUGUUUGGGUUCGUCACACCCAUUGAAUGAUCCUACUCGUUAUAGACCGGCGAGGGUGUCUAGUCACUCAAGGAAGGAUGUCAUCCCCGUCGGGGUAAGUGGGCCUCGUGCAAUCCGACUAUCAAGGUUAUCUUCGGGUGUGCUGCCUGCCCUACCGAAGGCGUAGGCUCUGUCAAAUGCUGUGUAAGGAUGCUCGUAGCUCGCUGCUCGGCGUGAAAUCACCGGUGCAAUAUGUUUGACGAUUGGUUUUUACGGCUACGUUUCGCUGUGAAUGGUGGUAUCU